UAGACUGCCGUCCUUCAAAGAAAGAAAGAAGAGCUACUGCACAUGCGCAUGAGCAGCAGCCGGGUAGCGGGAUGGCGGAAAGCUCAGAAUCUAAACUGCGUUUGAUUGAACGUCACAUCCGUGCUUUUCAAAACUUUCCCAAAGAAGGAAUCCUGUUCAGAGACAUAUGUCCAAUCCUGAAGAACCCAGCUUGUCUCACAGCAGUGAUGGACCUCCUAGAGGAACAUGUGAGGAACAACCAUCAGCAGGUUGAUCUGAUUGUAGGUUUAGACGCCCGUGGCUUCCUGUUUGGACCCCUGCUGGCUCAAAGGCUGGGGGUCGGCUUUGUCCUGGUCAGAAAGAAAGGCAAGCUCCCUGGCGCCACAGUGUCUGUGGCGUAUAACCUGGAAUAUGGAAAGGCAGAGGUGGAGGUCCAGGAAGACGCGGUGACUGCAGGACAGAAGGUUCUGAUUAUUGAUGAUCUUCUGGCUACUGGAGGCACCAUGCAUGCAGCCUGCGAGCUAAUGAAGAAGCAGCAGGCUGAGGUUCUGGGCUGCAUGGUGAUCGUCGAACUCAAAGAUCUGAAAGGCACCGACCGACUCAAAGACCAAAAGGUGUUUUCUCUGAUCCAGUACUGAGGACCACUAAACCACACACCUGUGGGACUAGCACCAGAGUGCCAAACAGCUUGAAGCUGGAGCAGCUCUGUUCUGCACCUGGAUGUUGAUAAAGGUCGCGAUCACAUGAGAACGCAGUUCUCUGUUGGCGGACUUUUCCAUCUGAUUAGAGCCACCCAUCAAGCACUUCUAUUGGAUGUUUUUUGAAUCUCAAUUUCACCUUUGAGUACACGUAUUAGAUCAUGUAACCAGAAAUGGGUAAAAACAAACUAAAGCCACUAGUUGAUUCUGGCAAAAACGUCUUUGCAAACAUUCAAGCAACACAGGUAAAGUGUUUUUAUUUUAUGGAAUAAAUGAUUUCUCAAACAA